AUGUCGAAGAGGCGGCUAUUUCGCUGGCCUGCCCGCCGCACCGCCGCCCUCGGAAUUUUGGCGCUGCUGGUUACCUCCGUUCUCUCAUGGCUCAUCUGCGGCGGUGAUUCCUACGACCCCCAACCAGGUAUGUCAUCGUUCGGACCUACCUCCGCCCCGGCCUCUCUCUCCGGGACAAUAGAAGAAUACUUCAACCCGAUUCACGAGCAGUUAUCGGAAAUCACAAAGACGUACGACAAUGCGACCAGCGAGAUUGGUCUAGUAUUGGCCGCGACGCGGGCGGAGGAUCUGACUUGGCUUUUGGAUUACUGCAACGACCACGGAACAAUCCCAUUCAUUUACAGCACCGACGUCGAACCCGCGCCGAAUCUCCUAGUUCCUUACACUAUCCGCGGUCGCGAGGCCACCGCCUACCUCUCCUUCGUCGUCGAGUUCUACAACCAAUUGCCGAAAUACACGAUCUUUAUUCACUCGAACUACGAUCAAUGGCACAAUGACCUUUUCGGACCCCACACCGGGCCGGCACUGCGAAACCUCCGCUUAGAGGCUGUCGACGCGCAAGGUUAUGUCAACCUGCGCUGCGAGCACGAUCCCGGCUGCCCGACGAGCGUCCACCCGUGGAGCCCCACGCAAAUCGAUAUCGAGAACGAUGACAUUCGCGCAUUCUUUCCUCAGGUUUACCAGACGCUGCUUAAUGUCCCUGCGAAGAAGGUUCCAGAACACAUUGGCAAUGUUUGCUGUGGCCAAUUCGCUGUCAGCCGCCAGCGGAUUCUCGAACGACCCCGGUCGGACUACGAGCGCAUGUUGCGGUGGGCCGACGAGACGGAAUUGACGGACAGCUUUGGCGUGGGAUGGGUAUAUGAGAAAAUUUGGCAUAUCAUCUUCGGCAUGGAUGAGAUUUAUUGUCCGCGAUACGAACAAUGCCGGUGCGACGCGUACGGAUGGUGCGGGCCGUUGGCCUCGGGCGAGACACUGCAGGCAGUGCGAGCGAAUCCGGGUUCCACGAUGGGGCCGUCGUUCUAA